AAGCUUCAAGUAUCAAAUCCACUCACUAGUCAAACAAAAGUAUACGAAACUUCAGAUUUGUACUAUCAAUCAUUUCCAUUUCUUGGAAAAAGAAUUGGAGAAUGCAUUUCUGGUGAUAUAUUGAAUAUUCCUGAUUUGGCAAAUUGUAAAUUUAAAAUCACAGCUGCUAUCAAUAACAAUGGUAAACAGUGUCAUCCUACAAUAUUGAAAAUUGGAAAAAUUAGUCCGUUGUUAAGGGCAGGCGAAUUUGGAUUUCAGAAAUGUUGGAGAAAAAGAGAUGGAGAAAGGAGAAGAAAAACCUUAAUGGGAUGUUUCCUGGAUCGUUCAGUUUCUGCUGUUUCUUUGAAAUUAAUCAAAUCUCCAGCUCAUGUAAUUGUUGGCCUCACUGAUGAUCCAAAACACAAAACUCUUGGACCUAAACGAGCUUCAAAAAUACGGAAAUUAUUCAAUCUCUCAAAAGAGGACGAUGUCAGAAAGUUUGUCAUUAAGAGAAAUGUCAAAAUUUGUAAGAAAUCCGAUGUGAAAGGUGUGAAAAUUCAACGACUGAUAACUCCAGAGAGAAUAAGAAGGAAACAAAAACAAUUAAGGGAAAGAAUGAAGAGGAAUUUGAGAAGGCGAAUGGAAAGGAAGGAAUUUGAAACAAAAUAUACAAUGUAA